GGCGGCCGGGACGCGGCCCGCGCGGCCGCCGCCGCCGCCUCCUGAGCGGCCCCGGGCGCGGCGGUCCAUGCGAGCGGCUCCCCGUGGUCCGCGGCGCGCCCGGAGCCCGGAGCCCGCGGGGACGAGGCCAAAGUUGGGCGCGCCGCGGAGUUGCGCCCGCGCCCGGGGCCCCGCGUCCCCGCGCCCCGCGAACUCCGGCGGCGGCUGAGGCGACGGCUGCGGCGGCCGAGCAGCAUGCCGAGGAGGAAGCAGCAGGCCCCCCGGCGCUCGGCAGCUUAUGUUCCUGAGGAAGAAUUGAAGGCAGCAGAAAUAGAUGAAGAGCACGUGGAGGAUGACGGGCUGUCUUUGGACAUUCAGGAAAGUGAGUACAUGUGCAAUGAAGAGACAGAGAUCAAAGAGGCGCAGAGCUACCAGAACUCCCCAGUCAGCUCUGCGACUAACCAGGACGCCGGCUACGGGUCGCCCUUCAGCGAGAGCAGUGACCAGCUAGCCCAUUUCAAAGGCUCUUCCUCUCGAGAAGAGAAGGAGGAUCCGCAGUGUCCCGACAGUGUCUCAUACCCUCAGGACAGCCUGGCACAGAUCAAAGCUGUGUAUGCAAACUUGUUCUCCGAGUCCUGCUGGUCCAGCUUAGCUCUGGAUUUAAAGAAGUCAGGUUCCACCACCAGCACCAACGAUGCCAGCCAGAAGGAGAGCUCCGCCCCCACCCCCACACCCCCCACCUGCCCCGCCAGCACCACUGGCCCCACCACGAGCACGCCCAGCACCAGCUGCAGCUCCAGCACCAGCCACAGCAGUACCACCAGUACCAGCAGCAGCUCCGGGUACGACUGGCACCAGGCUGCACUGGCUAAGACGCUGCAGCAGACGUCCUCGUAUGGGCUGCUUCCUGAGCCCAGCCUGUUCAGCACCGUGCAGCUCUACCGCCAGAACAAUAAGCUCUACGGCUCCGUCUUCACGGGCGCCAGCAAGUUCCGGUGCAAAGACUGCAGUGCCGCGUACGACACGCUGGUGGAACUGACGGUGCACAUGAACGAGACAGGCCACUACCGCGACGACAACAGGGACAAGGACUCCGAGAAGACCAAGCGGUGGUCCAAGCCCAGGAAGCGCUCCCUGAUGGAGAUGGAGGGGAAGGAGGAUGCCCAGAAGGUGCUGAAGUGCAUGUACUGUGGACACUCCUUCGAGUCCUUGCAGGACCUCAGCGUCCACAUGAUCAAAACCAAGCAUUACCAGAAAGUGCCUCUGAAGGAGCCAGUGCCAGCCAUCACCAAACUGGUCCCCUCCACCAAAAAGCGGGCGCUUCAGGACCUGGCGCCCCCCUGCUCCCCUGAGCCAGCAGGAAUGGCCGCAGAGGUGGCCCUGAGUGAGUCAGCCAAGGAUCAGAAAGCAGCAAACCCGUACGUCACGCCCAAUAACCGCUACGGCUACCAGAAUGGCGCCAGCUACACCUGGCAGUUUGAGGCCCGCAAGGCGCAGAUCCUCAAGUGCAUGGAGUGUGGCAGCUCCCACGACACGCUGCAGCAGCUCACCGCCCACAUGAUGGUCACCGGGCACUUCCUGAAAGUGACCACCUCUGCUUCUAAGAAGGGCAAGCAGUUGGUGCUGGACCCUGUGGUGGAAGAGAAGAUCCAGUCCAUCCCACUACCGCCCACCACCCACACGCGGCUGCCGGCCUCCAGCAUCAAAAAGCAGCCUGACUCUCCCGUGGGGUCCACGACUUCUGAAGAAAAGAAAGAGCCGGAGAAGGAGAAGCCGCCCGUGGCUGGCGACACGGAGAAGAUCAAGGAGGAGAGUGAGGACAGCUCAGAGAAAUUUGAGCCCAGCACCCUGUACCCGUACCUGCGCGAGGAGGACCUGGACGACAGCCCCAAGGGAGGGCUGGACAUUCUCAAGUCCCUGGAGAAUACCGUCUCCACGGCCAUUAGCAAAGCUCAGAAUGGUGCGCCCUCAUGGGGUGGCUACCCCAGCAUCCAUGCAGCCUACCAGCUCCCGGGCACCGUGAAGCCACUGCCAGCGGCCGUGCAGAGCGUGCAGGUGCAGCCGUCCUAUGCUGGUGGCGUGAAGUCGCUGUCUUCUGCCGAGCACAACGCCCUCCUGCACUCCCCGGGGAGCCUCACGCCCCCACCGCACAAGAGCAACGUGUCUGCCAUGGAGGAGCUGGUGGAGAAGGUCAUGGGCAAGGUCAACAUCAAGAAGGAGGAGAGACCCCCUGAGAAGGAGAAGAGCUCCCCGGCUAAGGCUGCGUCCCCCAUAGCAAAAGAGAAUAAAGAUUUCCCUAAAACGGAGGAAGUCAGCGGCAAACCACAGAAGAAGGGCCCUGAGGCCGAGACCGGGAAGGCCAAAAAGGAGGGACCGCUGGACGUUCACACCCCAAAUGGCACAGAGCCUCUCAAAGCAAAGGUCACCAACGGCUGUAACAACCUGGGGAUCAUCACAGACCACUCACCGGAGCCUUCCUUCAUCAACCCGCUGAGCGCUUUGCAGUCCAUCAUGAACACCCACCUGGGCAAGGUGUCCAAGCCCGUGAGUCCCUCGCUGGACCCGCUGGCGAUGCUGUACAAGAUCAGCAACAGCAUGCUGGACAAGCCGGUGUACCCCGCCACCCCUGUGAAGCAGGCCGACGCCAUCGACCGCUACUACUACGAAAACAGCGACCAGCCCAUUGACUUAACCAAGUCCAAGAACAAGCCGCUGGUGUCCAGCGUGGCCGAUUCGGUGGCAUCACCUCUGCGGGAGAGCGCACUCAUGGACAUCUCCGAUAUGGUGAAAAACCUCACAGGCCGCCUGACGCCCAAGUCCUCCACACCCUCCACAGUUUCGGAGAAGUCCGAUGCUGAUGGCAGCAGCUUUGAGGAGGCGCUGGAUGAGCUGUCACCGGUUCACAAGAGGAAGGGCCGGCAGUCCAACUGGAACCCACAGCACCUGCUCAUCCUGCAGGCUCAGUUCGCCUCGAGCUUGCGGGAGACCACAGAGGGCAAGUACAUCAUGUCGGACCUGGGCCCGCAGGAGAGGGUGCACAUCUCGAAGUUCACUGGGCUCUCCAUGACCACCAUCAGCCACUGGCUGGCCAAUGUGAAGUACCAGUUGAGGAGGACAGGGGGAACGAAAUUCCUAAAGAACCUGGACACAGGGCAUCCUGUUUUCUUUUGCAACGAUUGUGCCUCUCAGUUCAGAACUGCUUCUACAUACAUAAGUCAUUUGGAGACGCACUUGGGCUUCAGCCUGAAGGAUCUCUCCAAGCUGCCACUCAAUCAGAUUCAAGAACAGCAGAAUGUUUCGAAAGUCCUCGCCAACAAAACUCUGGGCCCACUGGGGGCCACCGAGGAAGACUUGGGCUCCACAUUCCAAUGUAAGCUCUGCAACCGGACUUUUGCGAGCAAGCACGCAGUCAAACUGCACCUUAGUAAGACCCACGGCAAGUCUCCCGAGGACCACCUGAUCUAUGUGACUGAGUUGGAGAAACAGUAGCGUCCAGGUAUGCGAGAGACCGCGGAACAUUGCACUAAACGUCGUCGAGCUGCACUAGGCCUGGCCUGAGCCUCUGAAAUCAGUCUUUCCUUUGUUGCUGGCCCGCCUCUCUGGACCUUGGUUUUCUUACACAUAUUUUGUAUAUUUAUAUGCUCUCUGUCCGAUCUGUGCAUGUUAUUUUUCUUUUUCCGUGAGUCAGUCUGACCUUUAUUUUCAACAUCUGUUCUUGAUGUUAAGCUAUCUUUUGUAGGAAAUAGUGGGGCACACUACUCAGAGACAUUAUUUAGCAGUAAAGAAAGACACAAAUAACAAUGAUAAAAAGACAUCCUAAAAUGAUGAAGUUGCCGUGACAAUAAAGGUCAUAGAACCUGGUAGUGUCAAAUUUAACCCUUUGAGGACUGUAAUUGCAUUUCUGUGCCUUUCACUUGAAAAAAAAAGAAAAAAGAAAAAAAGGCUUGAAGGCAUUUCAUUCAGAUCAAAAGCUGUGUCAGACACAAAACUUAUUUAAUAAUUAAAAAAUGAGCUUUUAUAUGCAGAACUGGUUUGUGAGGAAACGUGCAUGCAGCUGUGGGAAGAUAGAAAGCUGUCUAGGACUCACGGGGUUCGGAAGCCACACCUCUACAUGUCUAAAACAAAAAACAACAACAACAGAUACCCCACUCGCCACUAUGCCCAAACCCUCUGGAUGCUGAAAAAUGCCACUUUCGGCAAAAAAAAAGUAUGCAAGCUAUUAUUUAAAAAUGUGUAAAAAUGCUAUUUCUUUUUUCCUGUAAAAUAUUGCAGUUUAUAGUUAUUUACAAAUGUAAGCUUUGGUACAAGCUGACCUUUCUAUGGCGUGCUGCAUUGGUAAAUGAAAAAAAAUGGGGCAAACGUUGGAGUCCUUUCCUUGUAAAUUGCCAGCAUCAGCUUAAAAACUCCUAUAUGUUACAUAUCGUACCAUUUUAAUCUCUUCAACUUUCUUUGUACCUUCUGGCUGUAUGCUUUCUCUUUUAACUUUUUAUAUUGUCAUUUUAUAUUAAAUUUCUGUGUAUAUAAUGUAAAACCACAAUUUUUGAAUAAAAUUUAGUUCCUGCAGCUUGAUUUAAAUAGCGGACUUUUACUGGCACCUGCAUCUCUCCAGAUGCAUGUACUCAGAGGGACUGUCAGACAAAAAUAAAUACAUAAAAACAAAGCAAGCAAUGCACUAUUAAUUAUACAUUUUGAUGUUCUAUCAUUAAUAUUGUACAGUACAUUUUGGUUCACACAAUUAAAUCCACUGUUUUCUCAGAUGUAAAAUAAACCCACAUGCAGUUCUUGAUUUACA